GUUACCGAGCACAACACACACUAUCCUCGACUUUCGUCAGCCAAAUAUAUAUCCUCUUCACAGAAAAUCGCGUGAAUUCGUCGUGAUUUACCGGCACAUUUUCUGUUUGUUUUUUUCGCAAUUGGUGCUAAGUCGAGUGUCCAUAAUUGACAGAUCUGUCAGUCGAAAUCGAGACAAAACGAGGCGAGCCGUCGAGGGCCAACAAAGUGUGUGCUUAGUGCUUGACUUGUUACCAGAGUAGUGGGGUAGCCUUUAUAAAUACCCAAAUGGUAGCGGAGCUAACUGAUAAAUAGCUUAAGGUGUGGCUGGAAAAAGUGAGAAAAAUAUCCCAAAGAAGGGCAACAAAUCAAAAUAACUUCAAUCAUUAAUCAAAAUACUGCUAAAUAAUAUUACAAUCAAAAGAUAUAAAAACCUCUACAAAGUGAAAAUAAAAAUAAUAAACAAGUACUGAAAACCAAAAAAAAAAAGAGAAUCAGAAUCUUUAAAUCUCAAGUAAAAACACUGUGUUUGCUUACCAAUAAAAGCCACAAGUAACGCUUAAAAAAUAUAAAAACAAAAGAAUUUAUAUAACGAUAAAAAAAUCCAGAAAACAAGAAGUUUUAUUUUUAAUUUAAUAGAAGAGCGUGAAUAAAUGGUAAACAAUAAAUUACUGACUGAAAUAGCCACAUUAAAUUCCAUGUUAAGCGAUUAAAAGGAUGACCCAAAAAAAAAUAACAAAGCACAACAAUAUCACACUAUAAAUCAAAAAUUCCAACAAAACAGCUCACACUGAUAAAAAAAAGCUAUAACACAAUUAUGUAUAAUUCAUAAUUCGCAUUGAAUGCCGAACAACUGAUUCAAAUUAAUCCAAAUUAGAUUAAGUAAAAAAGAAUAGCAUAUGCUUAUUAAAUCAAUAAUAAAAACUUCAUUUAAUCAAGAUUCAUUUGACCUAAAUCCAUGUUAAUCGGGGAAAACAGCAAUUUGAUCAAAAUGCAAAUGGCAGGAUGCAGGGCAAAUUUUAUUGACAACAAAAUGGCGGAAUGCAUAUAAAGUGCAAUAAAUAGCAAAUGGUAAAAUUUCAAACGGCAAACGACCAUAAAUCGAUGAUAUAAAUGCAUUAAAGUGCCCCGUAUUAAGAGCCCCAUUAUAUAUAUACAAAAUUGUAUAACUCUGUGCACUUGUGUUUUUGUGUUGGCACCGCUUAAUUGAGCAUGCAUUAAAAUAAUAGCAAAAAUAAAUUAAUCUCGUCAAAAAAUAUAAAAUAAUGCUCACAUAAUUUAGACUUGUGAAACGUUUAAAGCCACUGAGCUAAAAAACGAGUGUCUAUUCAUGCUUAAAUAAAUAUCAGUGUUAUUGUGAGUGUUUUAAUUAAAUUCAAGUCAUUAACAAUCGGCCAACUUGGAUUACCAUUGGGAAUACGCAGUAAAAAGAGAUUCAGCUGUUUACUUAAUUCCCAUGUGUGCGGACCUUUUAGUGAUAGCUGAAUAAGAGCCCACGGAACGAGCUGGGAACAACAUAAGCUGGCUUCAAUAGGAAACACAAAAUCGCAAUAAUUGACAAAUCCAGUUAAAAACUGUCCAAUUCCCCAAAAAAGAGAACACACAACCGGCAUUAAAAAUAACUUAAAGUCCUGAAAAAAGGAGAGCGAAAUUGCCCCAGAAAAUUGCAUGAAAUUGCAACUGGCCAACAGGAAGUGGAGAAGUGACAGCGAUAACUAAGGACACAGACGGGAUAAAUCGGAGCGGGGUCAGUCAUUUGCUGCACGAUUGCCGACCCCGACCAACGAACUGAAAGUUUAAUUGCCUCUGUUAUUCGAAAAAGAAGAAAGCGGGCAAGAGCAAAGAUACCAGUCCAGGCGAAUGCAACAAUUAAAAUCAAAAACUUUUGGACAAGAUGCUGCUGCCUACGCCGUGGCGACAACAAAUCCCAACUGCUGAGCGCAUCCAUCGACAGCUUUUCCGAGCCUAAGAGCCUGUGGAGAAUCAAGGAAGCGACCAGCAGAGUCCUUCGAGCGAAAGAAACAGACUGAGACUGAGCUACAGAGCGACAGAGAGGGGGAGAAAAGCACGCUGGCGAGUGGCGGGGCUUUUAAAUCGUCUGCUUCUAAUUUGAAUGGACUCAGCCGCAUUCGACAUUCAAAUGCAUAUUUGGAAACUUUUGUUAAUUGUUACAAAAUUUGUACGCAUUGGUAUUGCCGACAAAAACGAUUCGCCGCCAUAUUUCGAUAGAUUUCUGUACGAGACUGAAAUCGAUGAGAAUGCCGACUUACAGAGCACAGUCCUCACUGUCAACGCCAAGGAUCACAAUGAGUCGACGAAUAUUCGAUACCAGAUCACAGGCGGUAACAUAGGCAAUGCCUUUGCCGUACAGAACACCACCGGUGUCAUUUACGUGGCAAGUCCACUCGACUACGAAACGCGGCCAAGGUACGAACUGCGGCUGGAGGCGACGCGAAAUCGCAAAAACAACUACACCACCGUUGUGAUCAACGUUCGCGAUGUCAACGAUAAUCCACCCGUAUUCGAUCGUCAAACAUAUCGCACACAAAUCACUGAAGAAGACGAUCGCAAUCUGCCCAAACGCAUACUGCAGGUCACAGCCACCGACGGCGAUGUAGAUAGACCAAUAAAUAUUGUAUAUUUCCUCACUGGCCAGGGCAUCGACCCUGAUAAUCCAGCGAAUAGUAAAUUUGAUAUAAAUCGCACGACUGGCGAUAUUUUUGUACUCAAGCCUCUGGACCGUGAUCAGCCCAAUGGCAGGCCACAGUGGCGCUUCACAGUAUUCGCCCAGGACGAGGGCGGCGAGGGCCUGGUCGGCUAUGCGGACAUCCAGGUCAACCUGAAGGACAUCAACGACAAUGCGCCGCAGUUCCCGCAGGGCACCUACUUUGGGAACGUCACCGAAAACGGCACCGCCGGCAGUUCGGUGAUGACCAUGUCCGCCGUCGACUACGACGAUCCCAACGAGAGCACCAACGCCAAGCUGAUCUACUCGAUAGAGAAAAACGUCAUCGAGGAGGAGACCGGGGCGCCCAUUUUCGAGAUCGAGCCGGAGACGGGACUCAUCCGAACGGCGGUCUGCUGUCUGGACAGGGAACGCACUCCGGACUACUCCAUCCAAGUGGUUGCGAUGGACGGAGGCGGUCUCAAGGGAACCGGCACCGCCUCGAUUCGCGUCAAGGACCUCAACGACAUGCCGCCGCAGUUCACGAAGGACGAGUGGUUCACGGAGGUGGACGAAACGAAUGGCACUUACAUCCCGGAGACGCCCAUUCUCACGGUGACCGUUCAGGACGAGGACGAGACGAACACGUUCCAAUACAAGGUGGUGGCGAACAGUGGUUUCGGGGCGGACAAAUUUGCGAUGGUGCGCAAUGGCGACGGCACGGGCUCACUGAAAAUCAUCCAGCCACUGGACUACGAGGAUCCGCUGCAAAGCAGUGGUUUCCGGUUUCGCAUUCAGGUGAACGACAAGGGCGACGAUGGACCCAGUGGAAGUGAUAAGUACCACGUGGCCUACUCCUGGGUGGUUGUGAAGUUGCGGGAUAUCAACGACAAUGUUCCGAAAUUCGAUCGCGAGCACAUAGAAGUUUCCAUCUAUGAGGACACGAAAGUGGGAACUGUCUUGGAGCAGUUCAAGGCAAGUGAUGCCGAUCAGGGUGGCCACUCCAAGGUUAUUUACAAAAUAGUCCGCUCCACAAAUCGAAGAAGGCAGUUUGCCAUAAGUGAUAAGGGAGCGGUGAGCAUACAAAGACCGUUGGAUAGGGAAACCCUGGAUCGUCAUCACAUUCAAAUACACGCAAUUGACGAUGGCAACCCUGCUCGAACCGCAACUGCAACCCUUACCGUGAUUGUUAAGGAUGUGAAUGAUAAUGCACCGACCUUCGCGCAGGACUAUAAGCCCACUUUGCCGGAAAAUGUGUCUGGGAAAAAAAUUGUGGAGGUGGCAGCCAAGGAUGCAGAUGAUCGGCAAAGGGGAAAUGGCGGACCCUUCACUUUUCGACUGGAUCCCUUGGCCAGCGAUGAAAUAAGAGCGGGAUUUAAAGUGGAGUACGAUCGCAGAGGUGACAGUGGAAAUGGCGUGGCCAUCAUCUCAUCCCUUCGUCCUUUCGAUCGCGAGGUCCAAAAGACCUAUGCCAUUCCCAUCGAGAUCAAGGAUAACGGAGCUCCUGCGAUGACCGGCACCAGUACUCUCACCGUGACCAUUGGCGAUGUGAACGACAACAAAAUGCAGCCGGGCAGCAAGUCUGUGUUGGUGUAUAACUACCAAGGACAGUCACAGGACACACAGAUAGGCAGGGUCUACGUCAACGAUCCCGACGAUUGGGAUGUUCCGGACAAGAAAUACUACUGGGAGGUUCAGGAACAUCAAAGAUUCAAGCUCGAUACGGAUACGGGAAUUCUAACAAUGAGAGCGGGAACGCGGAGAGGUCGCUAUCAGCUGAGGUUCAAGGUCUACGACCGUGAACAUGGUCAGGAGGAUAUCCCCGCCAACCUAAGCGUUACAGUGCGCGACAUAACAGCAGAGGCGGUGCAGCAAGCUGGUUCCAUGCGAUUGGCCCACAUAACCGAUGAGGAUUUCGUGAGAACUUGGAACCCAGUCAAAAAUCAAGUGGAGCCCUCUAAGUUGGAAAGGUUCCGUAACAAACUGGCCGAAUUGUUGUACACAGAUCGCGAUAAUGUUGACGUGUUUAGUGUGCAACUUAAGGAAGGUUCUUCCUAUCCCCUGACCGAUGUUCACUUUGCAGCCCGUUCUGCCACGCAACAGCCGUUCUUCAAGGCAGUUCGCUUGAAUGGCGUUGUGCAAAUGCACCGGGAAGAGAUUGAAAAGGACGUGGGCUUGAACAUCACCAUGGUCAAUAUAAACGAGUGCUUGCAUGAGGGCAGGGGAAAAUGUGGCUCCACUUCGUGCACCUCCAAGGUGGAGUUGGGUAAAAAGCCCUACACGGUCAGUGUGAAUCGCACCGCUUUGGUGGGAGUUCGCUUGGAUAUCAGUGCGCAGUGUGUUUGUCGGGCCAGGAACUUCACCAAUCAGGAUCACAAUUGCAGGUCGCAUCUGUGCUACAAUGGCGGCCGAUGUGUGGAGACCCGAAAUGGUCCGAAGUGCGUGGCCUGCCCCUUGGGCUACAAUGGUCCGCGAUGCCAGCAGUCCACCCGGAGUUUUCGCGGCAACGGUUGGGCCUGGUACCCUCCACUCCAGCAAUGCCAGGAAUCCCACCUCAGUUUGGAGUUCAUCACCCGGGCAGCCGACGGCUUGAUACUGUACAAUGGACCCAUUGUGCCACCGAAAGCGGGUGAAACCGUGGUCAGUGACUUCAUAGCCAUCGAAUUGGAACAGGGUUAUCCGCGACUUCUCGUAGAUUUCGGCUCGGGUACUCUGGAACUUAGGGCCAAAACAAAGAAGACCCUGGACGAUGGCGUCUGGCAUCGCUUGGAUAUUUUCUGGGACUCCGAAAACGUGCGGAUGGUUGUGGACUUUUGCCGCACGGCCCUGGUCUCCGAAAUGGAGGAUGGCACUCCGCCGGAAUUCGAUGACAAUGCGUGUCAGGCGAGGGGGCAGAUACCCCCAUUCUCAGAGUCGCUAAAUCUAAACCAGCCGCUUCAGUUGGGCGGACUCUAUAGGCAGCACUUCGAUCAAACGCUGUACAACUGGCAGUAUGCCUUCAGCUCCAAGGGCUUCGAUGGCUGUAUACGCAAUGUAAUCCAUAAUUCCGAGCACUAUGACCUGGCUUUUCCGGCCCUGGCCCGCAAUAGUUUUCCCGCCUGUCCGCAAACCGAUGAAGUCUGCCUGAAAACCGAACACACGGCCCGCUGUUGGGAGCAUGGAAAUUGCGUGGCCAGUUUGGUCCAGGCCAAGUGCCAUUGUCAGCCGGGCUGGAUGGGUCCCGGCUGCAAUGUGCCCACCAUUCCAACGACAUUCAAGGCCCAGAGUUAUGUGAAAUUCGCCCUCAGCUUCGAGCCCGAUCGAUUUUCCACACAACUGCAGCUGAGAUUUCGAACGCGGGAGCAGGGUGGCGAACUGUUCCGGGUUAGCGAUCAACACCACAGGGAGUACGCCAUCCUGGAGCUCCGCAGGGGCCACCUUCAGUUCCGCUACAACCUGAACUCGCUGCGAAACGAGGAGCAACUGCUGACUCUGACUGCCAUCGCCGUUAACGAUGGCCAGUGGCAUGUGAUUCGCGUUAGUCGCUAUGGAUCGGCGGCCCUAAUGGAACUGGAUGGCGGGGAGUCGAGGCGGUACAACGAGUCCUUCCACUACACCGGCCACCAGUGGCUCAGCAUCGACAAGCAGGAGGGCGUCUAUGCGGGCGGCAAGGCCGAGUAUACGGGCAUCAAGACCUUUGAGGUGCAGUCCGACUUUCAAAGGAGCUGCUUGGACGACAUCAGGUUGGACGGAAAACACCUGCCCCUGCCGCCGGCCAUGAAUGGCACCCAGUGGGGCCAGGCGACGAUGGCCCGGAAUCUGGAACGCAACUGCCCCUCGAAUAGGCCCUGCUCGAAUGUCAUCUGCCCGGAUCCCUUUGACUGCGUCGACUUGUGGAACGAAUACGAGUGCACUUGCAGCGAGGGUCGCAUCAUGUCCUCGGACACCAAGGGCUGUGUGGACAGGAACGAGUGCCUGGACCUGCCCUGCCUGAACGGAGCCACCUGCAUCAAUCUGGAGCCACGGCUCCGGUACCGCUGCAUUUGCCCCGAGGGUUAUUGGGGCGAGAACUGUGAGCUGGUGCAGGAGGGCCAACGCCUGAAGCUGAGCAUGGGAGCCCUGGGGGCGAUUUUCGUUUGCCUGAUUAUCAUACUGAUUCUCGCCCUAAUCUUCGUGCUCUAUAGCCGCAAACGCAAGACGACCAAGAAAAAGAAGCGCUCGGGUCCGGAGAAGGAUGUCCGGGAGACGGUAAUCAGUUACGAGGACGAGGGCGGCGGCGAGGACGACAUGACCGCCUUCGACAUAACGCCCCUGCAAAUACCAAUCAGCGCCCAGGGAGGACCGCCGGACAUCGCCGCCUGCAAGAUGCCCAUAAUCUACCCCGUGAUGACGCUGCUGCCACCUGGCCAGGAGCUGAACGUGGCCUAUCUGAUGGAGGAGCGCAAGCAGCGCAUCGACAAGGACAACAACGCGCCGCCCUUCGACGACCUGCGCAACUUCACCUUCGAGGGCAGCGGCAGCAUCGCCGAGUCGCUGAGCUCGCUGGCCUCCGGCACUGAUGAUGAGAAUCAAGACUUUAACUAUCUGCAGAACUGGGGUCCACGUUUCAAUGCUCUGGCCGCCAUGUACGUGCACGAUAAGGCGAAAGCCAAGCAGCUCCCAUCGGAUGGCGGUGGAGGAUCUGCGGAUGUAACAGGAGCCUCAUCAUCGUCGCCAUUGGGAGGAGGUGGCAUUCCGGGCGAUGUCCUUGCCGUGGUCGCAACGGGCAGUGGGGCAGGUCCUGGCGGCGGCGGUGCCAGCGGGUUAAUGCCCCUGCCCAGCAUCGACAAAGUUGUAUUAUAAAAAUAAAUAGUUAAGUUGUAGUUAAAAUGAUGUUUCAGCUGUAAGCACGAUGGGGCAAACACUUUAAACGAAACAGGUGUUUUGUGUAUUCGUGUGUCUGGUUAGGGUUAAAUUGUAUGUACUGUGGCUACUGUGGAAUUCAAGACUAACUUAAGGUAUUAGGUGUUUUUUCACAUAUAAGAUAUUGAGGGGCUUAAAUAGGGAUUGUCUUCAGUUACUUCUUCUAACUGAAUCUCUAAACGUUUGCACAAGGACAAAUAUUUUACUUACGCAUUAUUGCUUUAAAAGUUUCGUUACGUUUACAUAUAAAAUGUCAUCUUUGGAAAAAAUAAUGUAAUGGUUAAAACAAGUUUAAAAUUAUUGUUUUAAAACAGGUUAAAGUUUUUUCUAUGUUAUCUUUAUAAUGAAGAUAAAUAUUUAAUUGUAUGUUCUGUAUUUAAAUUGAAAACCUAUAAAGAACCCACGGAACAAAGUUCACCUAUCGAAAUCAUAACUUUUCCAGGCCACCUUCUUGCAAAUCUUUCUGCGUCUUCCUUUCAAAACUCAUCUUCUCGAUGAUAUUCAACUGAACCAACUGAGAAAUCAAUGAAUAGUUCUACAAUUAAAAUGAUAUGAGUACAUUAAGCAUACUACAAUGAAAAAGAGUUUAUAAAACUUGCUACAUAUUAGUUAAAAAUCCUGUAUAAAUACGGCGUUAACUCUCUAGCACGUAAGUUGAACCAAACUAAACCGAAAUUUUGCCCAUCCUCCAGUUGAGCGUUGCAACUUUUGUGUGCCACCGACAGGGGAACGUGUCCGAUUGCCACCAAAGCAGGUGGCGCCUGCAAACCCUGAAAACCAACGCUGAAAGCUGCCACCGAACCCACGCAGCCACAAAAGUUUGCAGAGAAAAGUAGAAAUUUAAUAAGAGGAAAAAAUCAUAACUAACUUUGGUGAAAAUUAAAGGUAAAGGGGAAACUCUACUGUAACAUAAUUUUGUACAUACUAAAUUCUGUAAUUCUAUGAUUAAACUAAUGGAUAUUGUAGAGCGAACAAAUGAAAACAAAACAACUAAUAGACUAAUUAACUACAAUUAAUCCUACAUUUAACUACCGACAGAAAAGCCGAAAACAAAUACGAGUGUUGAUCAAACCAAUUUCAUAUUUCUGCAUUUACUAGCAACUACACAACCAGUACAGAAAGUGAAAGUAUUAAUAAUAAUAUUGUAAUAUGUAUUUAAUUAUGAGUCAUACACGAAAAACGGUUAAUUACAUUUACGUUAGUUAAUGGACAAUUUGUUAGUAGUUAGCGUCUAAGCAUACUUUUUUAAAAAUCAAUAAA